UCUCCCGAACCCCCUUACGAAAGGGAAGAAGUUGUUUGUCAGCUCUUUCAUUGGAGAUCACUGCAAUCCCUCCUGGCUACUGAAGAAGAACAGACGAAGACCUAGGCUGUGUAGACUCCACCUCUGAUUGGUUACCUCACUUUAGGUUCCUCCUACUGACUCUCCUCUCUCUUGCUCCCCUUUGCAACUAAACCCCUUCAUAGUGUAUACCUGAACGACAGCUGCAGGAGCACUGGACCCCUCCUCCACACACACAGACACACACACACACACACACACACAUACACACCCACACACGUGCUCUUUCCCUCUCAUUUUCUCUCUCUCUCACACACACACACACACACACACACACACACACACACACACACACACACACACACACACACACGCGCGCGCACACACACACACGCACACACACACACACACACACACACACACACACACACACACACACAAACACACAGCUUUUCACCUGGAGAGUGCAGGCAUGUGCAACAGCAGUUGUCUCUCCCCACAUCAUCUGAGUUGACUCCUUCUGGAUUGUUGAGGACAAUUCUGACGUUGGAGUUAUUUGUGGAGGGCACCACUUUCAACACACAGCAUGAUUUUGGCUGCCGUCGACUUCCCUCAGAGACUGGCGUCAAGACACCCGUGGACACACCCCUCUGACUAUCAGGGGGUAUAAAUCGUGCCGGGCCAGCGGUGCCGACAUUCUUGCGCAACCCAACGAUGAUCCAGCCUCACUUGGACAUGAAGCCCUUCUUGCCGUUCCCCAUGGAGACUCCUCCUCCGCACAGCUUCAACCUCUUCCACAACUUCAACACAAUGGACCCAGUCCAGAAGGCUGUGAUCAACCACACCUUCGGAGUUCCACUGGUCAAGACCAAGCGUCCGGUCAUUUCCUGUAACGUCUGUUCAAUCCGUUUCAACUCAGAGAGCCAAGCAGAAUCCCACUACAAAGGAAACCGCCAUGCCAGGAGAGUCAAAGGCAUUGAGACAUCUAAGAGUCGUCAAGAUGGGGACAAGCCCUCACAGAUUGUGACCCCCACCACCUCCCCUUCCCCUCCAGGAGCCCAGGGCGCUUCCAUUGAUGGUGAGCCCAGCAACCAAGAUGAAACACAGGAUCUGUCACCGGUAAACGGGCCCCUGCUGGCCCCAGGACCUUUGCCCCCUCUCACCACACCACCUACCCCACCAAUGGAUUCCCCAUCCUUGUGCACCCUCCUGGCCACGUCCAGCCCUUCCUCCUCGCCAGACUGCAGCCUCCCCAACUCAGAGCAGCCCCCGGUGUCAGGGGCCACGGGCAGCCCACCCGGCCCAGAGACGGAGGAAGACAAAGCAAAGAAGCUGCUUUACUGCUCCUUGUGUAAGGUGGCUGUCAAUUCCUUGUCACAACUGGAAGCUCACAACAAAGGUACCAAACACAAAACCAUCUUGGAAGCGCGGAGCGGGCUGGGCCCCAUCAAAUCAUAUCCACGCCUGGGCCCCAAGCCCAGUGGAGAGCAGGGAAGUGGGCCGGUGGACCCAAACACUCAGGAAAGAACCUUCCACUGUGAGAUCUGCAAUGUGCGGGUCAAUUCUGAACAGCAGCUCAAACAGCACAUAUCAAGUCGAAGGCACCGGGAUGGCAUGGCAGGCAAGCCAAACCCUCUCCUCAGCCGGCACAAGAAGCACAGGGGAGCUGAUCUAAUGACCUCUCUGAACUUCUCCAAGGAUCUCACCAAAGCUUUGGGGGCAGGCCUGCUGCCCAGCCCCUUGGCUCUUGCUGCGGCAAUGGCUGCCGCCGCUUCCAGGAACCCGCUGGCUCUCCGUGCGGCGCCUCCCACGCCCCACCCGCACCACCCACACCACCACCUGCUGCAAGGACCGCCUCUAAGCCACGCCAUCCUGAGACCCGCCCCUGGGCCCAUACGCACCACCCACGGGCCCAUCCUCUUCUCCCCUUACUGACAUAUCACACCAUCUGACUUGGGACUGGUUGGGAUCAGCCUCUCCAAAAGCACACUGUGAAGAUACAAACACGAUCCACAGACCGCAACUGAUCCAAGCUUAUUUAAACAUGUCCUGGGGGAGGAAAGAAGGAGAACUUCAAGUCUCUCGUAUUUCCCUUUACCUGAAACCCUUUCUCCAUUUCAAAGACUUGCGAGUGACCUGCAUAUGGAACGGGCAGAGGGGGAGAUAUUCAUUAUCGAUUGAACUUGUACAUCCCGUCGCUGUAGCCAGACAUGGUUGCUUGAAGAGCUCCAGAAGACACACCAUCUAAACCACAUGGACCAGAUCAUCAUUCUUCUGCCACCAUAAAGCAUCAAUGUGCUCUUCUCAUCCUAUGCACUUAAAAAAAACAACAACGACGGUGAUGUUUUGUCGGUAGUGUAGCUUUGUGUGCACCACAUGUACUAAUGGUGGUAGGAAGUACUGCAUAAGACCCCUCAAUAAUGUAAGUAGUAUUUGCAGACAGGCAGGUGGAGAACUCUCUUUUGAGAAGGGUUUUAGCACAGGUUAUUGGAUGGUUGCAUGCAGAAACACACACAAAUCUAUGUCUUAAAAUAGAUUGCAGUGAAAAAAAAAAAAUUCACCGGGCAGAUCUGCAAUACUCAGUAUCAGUCAAAGAAAGGAAGCCUCUGCAAGGCUCGAAAUUAAAGCAGUUUGGGACAUAUAGUAAAACCAUCUGUGUUUAUAUGACGCUGGUUGACUUCUAUAAGAACAUACAUGUUGAGCUUCCACACUGUAUUAAUAUGAUUGCCUCAGAAGUAGAACACAACCUGUUUUUUAAGUGCAGUAAAAAUAUCCCUUAUUUUCACACUAAUAGCCAUAUGGUUUUUGGCUGUAUGCUAUUUAGGUUAUCAAAUGCAUUUGGUAGCGCAUAGUGUGCUAAGCUUUCAAGAUACCUAAGAAUGGGGGUGUCCCGAUACAACUUUUAGACUUCCGACACAACAACGAUCUGGGAGCUUUGAGUACUGGCCGAUAAUCAGAUACGAUAUCAGCACAAAUCAUUCAUGCAUGUGUUGUUUUGUUGAGUGGAAUGUUAGAACAUGUUUGAUCACGUUUAAUUACUCAGUUUAAUCACAUUUAAUUACUCAAAUAGAGAGUAAUUGUAGGUAUGAAACACACUAACCAUAUGAUAGUCUUACAGUAAGAAAGGGAUUCAUAUGGCCCCAUUCCUGGGUGGAUCUCGCGUGAGAGGAAGGUGGGAGCUUAAUCAUUUUGCCAUACAGUCUGCUGGAAAUAAUGGAAAGCACCGCUCUCCAUAGCAACUGACACUGUGGUCAAAGUUGGUAAUUGGGAAGGGGUGGUGCAGUUGGGAAAGUGGUCGUGCCAGCAAACUGAGGGUUCCGGGUUCAAUCCCCACCUUCUACCAACCUCGUCACAUCUGUUGUGUUCUUGAGCAAGACACUUUACCCUUGCUCCUGAUGGGUUGGGUGUUAGGGCCUUGCAUGGCAGCUCCCCCCAUCACUGUGUGAAUGUGGAAAUAGUGUCAAAGCGCUUUGAGUACCUUGAAGGUAGAAAAGCUCUUCAUAAGUAUAACCCAUUGUAAUUGCCACAAAACACAUUUCAAGAUAUUCAACACUCCCCUGCUGUCUGGGGACUUAAGUGGAUAGUGCACCUUCCUAUUCGUCACGUUGCAUGUGUCAGGUAAACCUUGAAGAAUGAAUCCCCUUCCUAUUGUAUGCUCUCUUUAAGUUAAAGUUGUAGGGUAAUUUGUUUUUUUAGUAACACCUUGUGGCAACAAUAAUCAAUUUAAGAGUUUGAUGCAGUCAUUUGAAUGAUGUGGACACGUUUGUUACUGGAUACCUUUUAAUACACUUCUAACAUGGAGAAUUUGUAUCGAAGUAAAACAAUAAAUAUUUGAUAAUUGUUUAUAUUGACAAAUGUGGUGUUUUAGACUGCUAUAUUUUUCAGUAAGUCUUUCAAGGACACUAAUUAUGUAUGUCUAGCUUUUACGCUAACUUGUGCUUAGCUGUUGUGUAGAUGCUUGCCCUUAGUAGCCUACUAUAUAGCCUAUCAUGUUUACAUUUUCAAAAUUCAAAAGUCUUUAAGUAAUUUUGCAAACACAAUGACAUUUUUAGAAGUUCAAAUAAUGACACAAAAUAUUAAAAAAAAAAACACUCGCAAAGUACAAAAUGUAAAAAUAUUUAAGUGACUUUACUGAAAUACUAGAGAAGUCCAACAUUGUGUGCUUAUUGGAAGACAUUUUGCUGUUAACUAGGCUUUGCACAAGUAAACGAGCUGCAGGACUGCUAAUAUCGGACCAAUAUCUGACACCAAUAUCGGAUCGGGACACCCCUACCUAAAAUACUUUUUUAUGUGUUUACGUUCCAUUUGUGGUUCUAUGGUUAUUAUUAUAAUUUCCCUAUUUACAAUAACUGGUGUCGUUUUGUGGUGGUUUCACACAAAGUUUACACUUUCGAGGCAUAUUUUUCCAGAAGUAUUUGUUUAUAGCUACUCCCUGUCAUACGACUUCAAAUGUUCCACUGUCCUGUAACUGCCGUAUUAGCGCCAUGAUCACUGCAAAUACUACACAUUAGGGAGAGUUCACAUCGGGCUUUCACGCAGCAAAAACCUGUCACUAACCUCACAUGAACCCAGGUGUUCAAUCAUUGAUUCACACUGUGGGUGGUGCAGCUCAACCAUGUGUGCGCUAACGUAACCAAGCUGUUUCUGUGUGCAACCUCACAUCUGGGUCCUGCAGGGUCGAACUUUUAUAUGACGCCGUUAUCUGUUCCAGCCCUUUCACAUUCUCUCGCUACUCACCUUCCUGUCAAAGUGCACAAAGGCUGCAUUCACACUGCAGGGUAUGACGAUAGCCCGUAAUGAUUUUUUUUUAUUGAAUCAUCACCCAAAAACUUCAAUUUAUGGUUAAAGUGAACGGAAAGUGUCACAGCGAUUGGACCUUAAGUUCUACUAUAUCUUAAUAACGUCUAAAACUGGUUCUCUAUUUUUUUUUCCCUCAAGUAUCACCUCAAACACGCAACCAUAAUGACCAACAUACAAAUGUAGUGGUGUAGUAGGCCUAACUAUUCAUUACAAACAAGGCAGUGGUUUUAUUUUGCAAGUAUAUUCAAUAUGUUUGGCCACUGUAACAUUACACACAGUUUGAACAGUAACACCGUGUUUGAAUAUUUAAUUAAGUGAUUAUUUGGCAGAAUAAGAAUCCCUGGUCUAAAAUAUCAUAUAUUUGCCACUGACUGUUUUCUGCGACUUUGUCCACAAUAUACUUUUGCACCCUGAUCAGAUACAUAUCUGAUGGCCACAUACAAAAAGGCCUGAGUCGGAUUAAAACAUCGGAAUUACACUGUUAAGUUAAAGUUAAAGUACCCAUGAUUGUCAUACACACACACUCGGUGUGGCAAAAUGUUUUUCUGCAUUUGACCCAUCACCCUUGAUCACCCCCUGGGAGGUGAGGGGAGCAGUGAGCAGCAGCGGUGGCCAUGCCGGGUAAUAAUUUUUGGUGAUUUAACCACCAAUUCCAACCCUUGAUGCUGAGUGUCUCAUUUCACAUUGAUGUGAAAAAAGCAGAUAUUGAGAAAAUCUGAAUUUAACUGCAGUAGAGUAAUGUACACAAUAAUUUGGGCAAUCGAAUGCUUGGAAAAAAGCAUUGGGGGUGGGGUGGAUCAAAGCUAAAAACAUCCAUCCAUCCAUCCAUUUUUUACCGCUUCCGUUCGGGGCCCAUAAAUGAAGUAAUGAUUGAGUUGAAGCCAGCUCAAAAUUUUCCCUUACAAAAUUGAAAGCCAUGCCUUUGUUUUAUUUCACAAAGACUGCUGAGCACUUUGUUUGAUUUUAGACUGGUUUGAAUUAUUUCAUGCAUUAAGACAAACAAAACGAAAAAAGGCAGCAUGAUCUAAUACUGUAGGUCGGAAACACAAGGAUGAGAAUGUUGGUAACCCGCAGAUCUGUAGAGGAGUCACAACUGAUGCUGCAACUGAGCUAUGGAGAUGUACACUGUGCCCUUUUAUUUAGAAUCAAUGAGCUCUAAUGUCUUACCUUUUGUCUGAAUAUUGCAAUGCAAUGAGCAUUUUUGUAUCGUUAUCAUUGUGACGUGUCUGGAAGUCAAACAUGUAAACUGGCAGUCGGCAGACAGACUUUUCGGUUCUUCCAUAAUUCCUCCUGAGGGCGGACUGAGAGAGAGAAAUGUGUUUUUCAGGGGUCGACCCUUCAUAUUAAAGGGCCUUUGUUUUGCUUGGGGGUAGUUCUGCGUUUGGGAACAGGGUAGAAAAUGGAGAGACAAAAGCUAUAGACUUGUGUCGUUUGUUCCAUGAGGAACAUUUGCAAUGCCAUUAUUCCAAGAAGAGUCUGGCCUUGUGUUGUCCACCAUUGUGCUCUUUUUUUUUUUUUUUGUUGCAGAGCAGAAAUCUUCUUCAUGAGUCUGUUUCGCAAGUGAGGAACUAUUCCAGGGUCUGUGCUCUUCUUCCUAUUGGUGUGUGUAACAUAUGUGUUCUAGUGUGUGUUGGGACUUGCUCGCUUCCCAUGUCGUCGCCACCUGGAGUUAUAGAGUGGCCUAUCACAGUAUGGUACAUGGGACCUCCAUCCCGUGUACUGCAAUCUGGCCUCUCCGAAAGGUUUGAAGCACUCAUCAUCCUUAGUCACUUGUGGGAGAAAAUAUAUUAGAUUCCUAUUUUCAGAGCAGGUGUUCCAUGUUAGCUAUGUUUCGGCGACUAGCCUUAGCCUUAUUGUGCCCUCCGCCUCUCCUGCAGCAGAGAGCAAGAGAGAAGAGAGGCUAUGAUGUACGUGUGUCUUGCCACUAAAGUUAUUUUUUUGAAUUUCAUCGUCAGAUGGACAAAGAGUUUGUAUAGUGAACUGUAGCAAUACCUGACUCAUUCUGGCUACUCUUGUUUAUUGCAAUAAGAAAAUGAACAAUACAUGUGUACGUGAGUAAAUCAUUAUUAUUAAUGUAAUUUAAAAAUGACAAACUUUAUGGUAAACAAUGUAGGUAUCAAGAGAAACCAUGGUGGAGAAAAGUAAAUGUCAAUAAAUCAUUAACCAAG